CGAGGGAGGGAGGAGCGACGGAGGGUGAUUGUAAGAGUUAGAUCAACAAACGUGGCCAAGAGAUUCAGUUCGCAUUAUUUUAUAGCUAGCUUUCAGCUCAUCUCUACGCGGGGAGAAAGCGACGGGCGGAGCCAGCGCCACCUUGUAACAGAGAGUAAUUUGUCCGAACUCUACUCCCACUGUAGUUCUUCCCUAUCAACUUCAAUCUUUCUACUCAUCAAUUGACCAGUAAGAAGAUUAAUUGCUAGUGAAUUCCUUUCCUUCGAUGGGCUCUUGUAAUCCCACAGAUCAGGAGAGUUCAACUAGUCCUGGACGAAACAUCAUCAUGCACCCUCUAUACAUUCCCAGGUCAUCAGCAUGGCUUGAUUUGAAGGUUUUCUAUGUGAGAUUGAGCAAUUGUUUUGCAAGUGAAUCAGCUCCAGAGCAUCUCACACUUUAUCAUAUCCCACUUACUCCGGACACCGUUCUUGAAGUUAAUGGCAGAAGAAGUGGCAUCAGCACUGAAUUUGUUUCAUCAAUCCUUAGAAGGGACAGAGUCGAUAAGAAAGCAGAAGAAAUUAUUUUUGUGAGCACAGAUAGUAUAAGGAUGUCAGGAAAUGUAAGAUUUGAGGUCCAUGAUAGUGAAAAUCUGUUGUUGUCAGGGGUUUUGGAGCUAUUGAAGAGCACUUACUCAACAGGAGAGCCCAAAAAGGGGGCAAUGAAGUGGAGUAUGAAGUGCCAGCCUGUAAUGUCUGAUGGAUCAUUCUUUUUGAAGGGUAAGCAGUAUAUGAGUCCAGAGGCGACAUUGCCGACAAUUGAGGUCUAUGUUGCAGGUAGUUUCUCGGGCUCUGCUAUUAUUUUGACCAAAACAUUACAGCUUGGCAUUCGGAAGAGAAAACAGAUGAGAUUGGCUCUUGAUUCAAUUCCAGAGAAUGAGGCCCCUGGAGUGGUGAAAGAAGAGUUGCAUAAAGAAGCCCAACAGUUGGUUGAAUAUGAAGGCUUUGCACCAGAAAAUGAUGUGGACAUUGACUACAACAGUAUAUUCACAGGAUCAGAAUACAUGGAAGGAGAGGAUGGGGAACUAACAUGGUUCAAUGCUGGUGUUAGAGUGGGUGUAGGACUUGGCCUUGGUAUCUGUCUUGGCGUUGGCAUAGGAGUUGGUUUGCUUGUAAGGACGUACAAAGCCACCACCAGAAAUUUCAGAAGUAGGCUUCUUUGACAAUCGUCCUUCAGUUUCACUCCUUCACCUGCAUUUCUUUUUAUGACUCAAAAUUUUGAAUGUUCACUUGUCCUCCAUCUACGUGUGUAUUUGUCCAUUUGCUUUAGCUCCCACUGCUAACUGCUUGCUUGCCUUUUGCACCUUCUUUCUGUAAUAUAGAGUUGUUUUUCAUUGGUAUUAAUGGUUCAUGAAAUGAAGGUUUUCAAACUCGCUUCGGCCCUGUCAUAGAAAUUCAGAUUUCUCCACUUUUUUGUAGCUUUAA